AAAAAUGCCACGCAAUUUUGGGGUGUUUUAUUUAAUAAAAUGUUCAAUGCUGAAUACCGUGUUGUAAUUACACCCCGCACUGUAGUGGGACUUUGUCAAAGGGGAUAAAGGGGAGCAUAUCAAACAUUAAACGCUGAAAAGGGGUUUGAACCUUCAGCCGGGGGUCUCGGUACCCUCCAACGCCCUUUGACGCUACGAGGCUAUACAAUGUUCACAUGUAUAAUAUGUUCAUAUCUGAACAAUGGUGAUUGGUCAAUCUAAUAAUGACAUACAACUGUGCAGUGCUGACCCAGGAUUGAGUGGGAUUAUGUGGAGGUUUAGCAAGGGAGGAUCAGGGAUAACUUCAAGUCAGGCAGAGCUGCGUUCAUCGCUUCAUUAUGCUGUCAAGUCACUGCUUGAAGAAUGACCAGCCAGACCGAGCAAAUAUCUGAACAGGUUCCUUGCCAAGCAGACAACACCAAUGGUGAUAUGGACCAGGGCUCACAGGCCAAGCCAAAGCAUAAAAAGCGGAAACUUGUCAAUGGCUCUGGGUUGUCGGUGGCACCCGAGUGGAGCCAAGCGGAGAGCGCAGAGCGAGCGGGGGCUGAGGUGCCAGGGCUGGGAAAAGCCAAAAAAGCCAAGCGAGCUCGCACCCAAAAUGGAGGUUCCCAGCCCGUGCCUGCGUCGGAGACCACACGCAAGAAGCAGAAGAAGAGAACCAUGAAAGCGUCUCAGAGCAAGACAAGCCCCACCACGGUGGUGGGUGAGGAUGAGGCCGAGGAGGACGACGAGGACGGGGGUUUGGCCGAGUGCCACUCCCCGCAGCCGCCGGCGGGCAGCAAGGUCAGCGUGCUGCCCACGGCGUUGCACGCCACGGAGCGCCGCGGCAAGGACGAGAGGAGAGAGAGGAAAGGGGCGCGCGGGCGGCGUGGCACGGUGCCGAUCCUCACGAGCGCCAACGAGGAGAGUGGACCCACAGACAAGUCAACGCAGGUGAACGGCCUGUCGAUGGACGAAAUGCCCGACAUCCGAUUUUACAGCGACACCGCCUCUGUAGCCUUCGGAGCAGACAGAGGCUUCAGGGGUCUGGCGACGUUUUCGCACGGCUUCCUGGCGGGUUUCGCCCUCUGGAACACGGUGCUGGUGAGCACGCUCUCAUGGGAGCCCUUCCCGUUCAACCUGCGCUUCUACCAGCCGCUGGCAUACCCAGCGCAGGCCCUCUACUACAUGCUGCUUGCCAUCUGCAUGGUGUCCGCCCUGGACAGAGCGGAGUUUGCCCGGCCACAGAAGUUCUUCCGUGGAAUGUUCACGAUGGACACCUCGGCGUGGCUCUGUAUAGUUUACUGCCUGUCCCUGCUGAUGAUGCUGAGCCAGGCGAUGACAAAUGACCGCAUCUGUAUGUACCAGCCUCCGGCAGACACGGCACUCGGCACCACGGAACACUUGCCGCUGUUUCUCUGGGACGAGGACAGUGAAAGAACUCACCUGGAGUCGUGGCGGACACUCAUCCUGGUGACGGCCAUUCUCGUGCUGCUAGCGUGGUUCACCAUCUCUGUCAGCCCCUCCACGGAAACGACGGAAGAGAUGCUGUUUGGCUCGGAGAUAACCGUGGAGGAGACCGAACAGGGCAGGGGGGCGGUGUGAAGGGCAAAGCGCGUGGCCGGCUCCAGCAGCACCACGCAGCCGAGCGCAGCCGACAUCAAGAAAGCCACAGCACAAACAUUUCAGCUUCGCUCCUCCAUCUUAAUGCCCUUGCCGCAGCUUCGCCAUUCGUAACUGCAUUUUUUGUUGUUGUAGUCGUUGCAUUGGUAGCUGUAUAAAAAAUAUAUAGGUACGGAUUAUUUCACGUAAAAAAGGGUAAUAGCUCUUGAUGGCAUUGUUCUUUGUUAAAAGUUUUUUGUUUGUUGAAUUACAGUCUCAUUCAUGAAUGCUUUCGGUCAUCAGUUCUUGUUUGAACAUCAUUCAUUUAAGACAUAGGUAUUUUAGUAUUAAACUUUGCUUGGUGGAGGUGGUGGGAUUAUUGGCUCAGGGCCAGAGCACUGAGCCGGCACGGUUCAGAGAUCCUGGGUUUGACUCAAAGUUCCAAUGAUCUGUUUUUAAAACGACUUCUCCAAUUAAGCUAGGUGAUGGUCUCAGCCAGGUCACCAAUGACUACGAAACACAUGGCAUUGAAUUUCAUUUUGCACUGAAUUUGGGUAAAUUCCAGCUCUGAGGAUUAAAAUAUCAGUUUGACUGUCAUGCAACAAACAUUAUAUUUGGUCUUCAUUAAAUGCGUUCUUCGGUUUAAUAUGUUGUCUAGGCUCCAGGGCUGGUGGGUAAAUAUGAUACUAAUGUGUGGAUAAAGAAAGGAUUACUUGAAAAUAUUUUAGGUGCAAUUCUAUAUUUUCUUUCAAAAGCUCCUCGCACAUAUACGUGGUUAAACUGCUGAGCAAAGCUUUCAAAUGGAUACGUCACUUCAUGACAUUUUGCAAAUAACACGAGAAUAAAAUAUUGAAAAAACUAAAACAUAAUGUUCACCCACUUCCUAUCCACAGUAGUUACACAACAUAUGAAGCCACGUAUGUUUUUUCUUUGUUCAUCGAUGGCACAUUAUUCAAUAUUCAUCACGCUAUAUUGAACUGUCUGAACGGUAAAAAAAACUAAUUUCCAAAAGAGAGCACUUAUGUAACAAAACAAAUCUCAACGCAUUAAGUUAAUCACAAAACUGGACACGCGUAGCAAGCGCUACGCUCAAAUCUGAGGCAGUGAGGCGAAGAGUGACAUGACGUUAUUAAGAGGCCAUUGUAAAAGGUUACUACAAUUGGGUGUUUAAGGGGGCUUAAGUCAUUGCACUGUUCACCUGUGCCAGGACUGAAAAAGGAGAGCAAGGGCAGAUGGCCGGUGUGUGGCUUAGUCAAUUAUUUAAAUAGCCAGGAAUCUAUUUGAUAUGGAGCAGCAGCAACUUGAGUUGGUGCUUGAACGUGCACGGACGAAUGCACUUCAUAUGGAAAUGCGUCGCUGUCGAACUGACUCAACCUAGUGAGUGGUAUUGUGCGCGUUGCGAUGGACUCUGCUUCAAGUGUGGCCACCAAGUGGCCAUUGAAGCUUUAUUUGGUGACCGGAAUUAAAUGUCUCACGAAAGCAGAUGAUAGACGUUAUCUCUUACUGCCUCAGUCUCAUUGAAAAGUUUGCAUCAAUAAUUCGCUUGCACCGACAUACACAGAGAUCGGCGUGGGCUAUUGUCAUUCGUGUUUUGGCACCGUUUACAGUGCAGACGCAACAAGUGCAACGAUGGGAGUGAUAAGCGGCGAUAAGCAUCAAGGCAGCUGGUUUGUGAACUUUUUUUUUGCUUGAUUGGCAGGCUGCAGCUGCCGCUCAGGUACCUGCUGAAUUAGUCUGCGUUUUUCAGCCAAAUUCCAGCCCCAAGACAACUUUGUCGACACACCUGCCACUACUAUUACGGCGGCAGGUGGUGCUUUAACAGACAACAUGGGGAAGCAGAAAGCACGUGAAUCUUAAACACAGCAGAAAACAUUGGUAACUUAGCAUCAUCAUCAUCGACCGAGAUUAAUGCACGACUGGAUGAAGGCCUCCCCAAGCAGUCAAUGUUGCUCACGAUCCUAUGAUGCAACACACCCGGCACCUGCAUAUGAUCUGAUUUCAUCGCUCCAUCUCCACAGUGUGUGUUAUCUCAAUCAUAAUCGCUCCCUUAACUGCCACUGAUUGUUUUAUUGUUGUUGUCAUAAGCAAUGUGAAUUAAGGCUUCCGUAAGUCACCGACGUCCACAGUCUCGUAAUAUCACAAUCCAGCACGUUCCUACAGAUGAGCUGAUCCCAUCGCUCCAUCUCGACAGUGGUAGUCCUCUCGGCUUGUACCUUUCCUUUGGCUGGGACUCCAUUAUCAGUCUCGACUCCCGGCUAUCAUCCCUUCGAGCCACAUAUCUUGCCAGAGUCCACUACAUUUUCUGAAGAAUCAAAAUGGUCUUUGACCUGCAAACGUUCUUUGAUCUGUGUUUGGGACUAUAUAUUUAACCUAUUGAAAAGCACCCUGGAUAAAACUAAUAAUCCAUUUUACAAUACAAAUGUUCUGAAUGAAUACUGAGAAUCAGAAAGAGGCAGUUCCAAAUGGUGAACGCGAAGAUGAAGGACUGUGGCAUGGAUGUGGAGAUGAUGGUCCAGGCCAGAAAUGAGAGAAGAAUGAGGAUCAGGAAGAGAGACCUCACAUGGGUGCAACAAGAUCUGAGAAUGUUGAAAAUCAGAACAGGAUGUGAACAAUGCAGCACAUUUGAAAAUAUCGUGUCCGCUAAAUACAACAAUGUUAAGAAGCUGUACAGAAACAGUGGGCAUAUUAAUUUUGUAGAGAGAGGCAGUGAGUCAUGGGCGGAGAUAAAGACUUGUACUUGGUGUUAUCGUGGCACGCCAUGUGCUGCCUGGCUUAACGUUCUGCGCAUUCUUUGAGAGGCGUGAGUCGUACUCAUUAGGCACAGCCGCUGCUCCUUGGCAAUGUUUUCUUCAUCCGCUUGUUGUUGUUUGCCGAAGAGCUCUGCUAUAUCCCGCUGGCAUGUUUUGACAGGACGCACGAGCAAACACUGGCGGUGUGCCGCAGUGACAGGCCAGUAAUUAAAAACGCGACAACCCACCGAUUAAAAUGCCAUGUGAGUCGAAAGAUAAAAAAAAAUUUUGGAAAACACACCUUUCCAACUGCCACAUACCACCAGAUAUGGCACACGCCAUCGAGAUCUAUGGUUAUCAACAUAAUCUUCAAUAGCCAUUUUCAACGCACCGCUGGAUGGAGGCCUCCCCAUGGCGUUGCCACUCCCAGUUUGAUGAUGCCGUAAUUCAUCCUGCCCCUGCACAUGAGCUUAUCCGAUCGCUCAAGCGCUGCAGUGUUUGUCAUCUUGACUGUGUUCUUUCGACAGCCAUUCCAUCACCAGUCUCAUCCAUCUGCUAUUAUCCGUCUUAGCGAUGAGUCCUGCCCAAGCCCACUUUCAUGAACAGUCGAAAUUACACCUCUCAAUUUAUUUUGUUCCGAAACGUGCAUUUCUAUAUCAUUGUAAUUCCCAGAAUGCAUCUCUCAGUUAUUUUUUUGCAUACUUGUCAUCUUCCUUUCGUAUUCUUUGCUCGUGUUCUUGUUUACAUUCCACAUAUGUACUGAUUGUCAUGCAAUGAUUGACAUCUACAUCCUUCAGCCACAUUGGUACGUUGCUUUUCACCAUCGAAUAACAUUUUCCAAAAGUACUUCAACAUGCUUUCGCUCACCCCAUCAUGUUGCUCUUCGUCCACCUUCAAUAAUUUUCCUUGGCAUAAAUACUUUGGUGUGUUUUCCCGUUUGUAUCAAUCAAAAUAAUUGUACUUUUGUUCAGCGAGACUUUUGCUUUGCUUAUAAUAAUACUAUACUGGUAAAAAUGUAUGAACUAUGCUCCCUUCACAACCUGAACAUUGGAUUCGCAGGUAACAGCGAGCUGAAGAGGAUGACAGUAGCUGACGUAAAUUGAGAAAUGUAAAAUUCCUCAAAUACUUUGCAAAAACCCUCGUGGUUAUGGACAGGUUCAGAUAUCACUCAACACUGAUGAAAGCCAAAGCCAGGAAUCAAACUCAGGUCACCGGGUUCAUAGUACAGUGCACUAACCACUCGAUUACCACUCUACCUUUAAUAUCGAUCAUUAUUUACAGCCCUCUGUCAUGCCACUGAAAAAAAUGCGAAUUUGGCUGCGGUGGUUGCUUGACCAUACUCCACCAACAGUGACAAUACUGAAGUGAUAUAUAGAAUUAAUCAAAGUUGUAUACAUAGUAUGUAAUACGGCUGCAGGUGUGAUGGAGAGCAGCUUGCUGGAUAACGCCGUUCGUGAACAUUUCCUGCAACUACCUGGUUUUUUUCCUGCAUGUCGCUCUGAAGCUCUUAGUUGAGUUUGCUUUUCCUUAUGAAAACGUAAGUACUGUGAUAAUAAAUGUAAAAAAACCUACAUAAUACUCACCAGCGCAAGCUUCUGUUCUGUGUCACGAUGGGAGCUGGUAAAUGUGAGAUGGAAGAGAACACCGCGUCGUAUUUGUAUGCAAUGUUGUAAUGGGCAUGAAACAGCUUUCAGCACUUCUCUUUCCAAACUUGUUGUUUCCUUUGCUGUUAUUGCUGUCAGAUCAGUGAACUUCACAGAAGUGAACGACGUUGCUUUCCUUGGCACCGUAACUACCUUUUCCGGUUUUUUGUAAAAUCAGGUUAUGCCGCAUAUAGUUUGAAUAUGUCCUAAUAUGUAACAGUUGUAAAAAAAUAUAUAUAUAUCAAGCUCUCGUAUUAAAAAAAGACACUGUACAAUAUCCAACAUUUCCUGCAUUAUUUGUGCCAUUUUCCUUCACAGUGUGUUAACUUAUAAGGUUACGAUAAUAAUGUAAGUGCUGUAAUGUAUUUUCAGUGUGCCGCUUACAUCCCAUCCUAAAUGACCCCGUGGAUCAUGUGCUUUAUCCAAGAGGCCACUGUAAACAGGAUAUGUGAUAUGAACUGCUCAUCCUGUCUCCGAGUUUCACUUCUUAUUAAAAUACAAUAAUAAGCAGUGGAAAUAUCCCAAAAAUGAGGCCUGUUGCAGAAUUAAUUAA